CCGGCGCAGCAGCCAGGAGCACAACAGUCCUCUCUAACAAAUGAAAGGAUGGGGGGCAUCAGCAGCUGCAGCUGAAUUCAGAAAAACUGGAUCAGGGGCCGAGGGGCGAGAACUGCUUUCUGCUCACUCUUGGGUCACUUUUAUUGGAUUUAUUCCCCGGUCCACACCAACAUGCCAUUUGCCAAACGAGUCGUGGAACCUCAGUUGCUGUGCAGGUAUCAAAUCCCAAACGAGGAGGGUCUGCUUUUCGAGGAUCUGGUCUCCAUCAGUAAUGUGGCUCUAUCUCGGACCUUGCGGCAGCUGUCGGACCUGGCCAGACAUGCCUGCUCCAUAUUCCAGGAGCUGGAAAACGACAUCACAUCCACCAACCAUCGGGUCAGGGGGCUGCAGAGUAAGAUCAACCAGCUUCUGCAGACCUCCUCCGAGCUGGACCCCAAACAGGAGGCAGUGCCGGUGUCUAACCUGGACGUGGAGAGUAAGCUGACAACACAUUACCAAGCUCCCUGGCACCAGCAGAGGAACGUUUUCCACCCCUCCAGCCGGCCAGCAUGUGUAGAAGAGCUCCACAGGCAAGCCAACCUCAGCCUGUGGGCCCUGCAGCCAGAUCACCAGAGGAGACGGUCGGGCAGCAGGGAGCGAAGAGUAACCAUCUCGAUCUCUGCGGUGCCCCCGAUGCCCAUGUACCCCUCCCCGCUCAGCGUCCGGAGGCAAGAAAAGAGGUCCAUAAAACUGACAACGUUUGAAUCCACCCGCUCCUCCUCCCCUACCGAAUGUUGCCGCUUCUCUCCCUGGAGCAGAAAGGCUGCGCCCUUUGACCCCGACACUGACGGGGUGGCUCUAGGUCACCGGUCUAAGUUUCCCAUCCCUAACAUCCCCUCCACCCUGGACAAGCAGACUAACUGGUCUAAAGCCCUGCCGCUGCCCACCCCAGAGGAAAGAAUGAAAAGCAGUUCCCAAGUCAUCAACUCAUGUGUCAUUCCCAUUAAUGUGACUGGGGUUGGCUUUGACAGAGAUGCUAGUGUGCGCUGCUCGCUCGUUCACUCGCAGUCUGUGCUUCAGAGGAGGAGGAAGCUGAGGAGACGGAGGACGGUCGCCGGCGUUCCCAGGCAGCUGCAGCAAGAUUUAGACUCUGAUGACUCUCCCAGUUCCAGAGAGCGGACAGUGAUCGUUCACGCCAGUCCUGACAUCACUCCCUCCAGCGAGGAGCUGGCCAGCCAUCUCAACACCAGGGACUCAGGUUGCCAGACAGAAGACUUUUUGAUCUCAGGAGCGCCGUCUCGGAGGAGGAUCAGAGCCCAGAGAAGUCAGGGAGUCUCCCUCUCCAUUUCCCACUCUGCAGGCAACAUCUCGUGCCUGCCGGACAGCGUCGACGCCAUGUUCACCAGCUCUGUGGGCGCACGCCUGCGCUCCCGAAGUCUGCCCCGAGACGGGAACCGGAUGAUAGACAACGGGCGUAACGACAGCGACGAUGAGGAGGAGCUUUCCCCCUUCGACGCUGAGGACUUCCUGCCUGGACCUGGGGAGCUGAUUCUGAAGGAUGAAGAAGAGAGCAUGGAUGAACAGGCCAUGGCUGAACACCAGCUGGGCCUGAAGUACAAGCAGCUCUCAGAGAGUCCGGAGCGCAGCUGGAUGGAGAGGACCAGAUCCCAGCUGCCCAGGAAGGCCGACAUGGGCAGCUGUGAGAUCUCAUCCAGUUCAGACACCUUCAGCAGCCCCGUCCACUCGGUCUCAGUCGCAGGGGUGCUGGGAGGACAGAUGGACCACAAGGACGACCACCAGUCCUCAAGUGGGAACUGGAGCGGGAGCAGCUCCACCUGCCCCUCACAGACCUCAGAAACAAUCCCCCCAGCUGCCUCUCCGCCGCUGACGGGCUCCUCGCACUGCGACUCUGAGCUCUCCCUGAACACUGCCACUCACCCCAUCGAUGACCAGACCAGCUUCAUGCUGGACCACUACCAGGGCAUGAGGACCCAGCGGGCAGGCUCCUUCUCCUCCACAGCCAUGGACAUAUUAGAGGAAGUCGGGGUCAGCACUCCCAUCGAGGGUGAGUGGGGUUACCCCCACCCGGACCCUCCGCGCUCGCAGGACUUCAGCCCCGAGCCGAGCAGAGAGGCCGAGAGCAGCCUGGGCUGCCCCAGCUACACCAGCAUGGCCACCUGCGAGAGCAGCUACUCCGACAAACCGGCGUCGGAGAAGGCUGACUCCGUCUCACACUACUCCGUAGACACUGAAGGCUACUACACCUCCAUGCACUUUGACUGUGGUCUGAAAGGUAGCAAAAGCUUCACUUACAACUAUGCAUCCCCCGGCUCUGAUUGCACCCAUUCUGAUUUAAGUGGUCACAUGACUCUGGGGAGACGCUGCCUCUCUUUAAGGAAACCAAAGGUGAAGCCGUCUCCGCCGAAGAGGAGUUCAUCCUUGAGAAAAAUAUGCAGUGAGGGAAACAUCCCUGACAAGAAAGAACCAAAGAUUACUUGCGGGCAGCAGCUUUCUGCUAAGGAGAGGAAACUGCAGCUGGUUUUGUCCAGCUCCCCGGGUCAUAUAGAGAACUCCUCACUAGUCAGGGAGCCCCUUGUGGUCUGGGGGGUUGAGGGCUCAGCCGAUCUACCUGACUUAGGCGUGUUCAGCUCCACAGAUGCACAUUCAUUUAAGGAUGAAGGGGUUGUACAGUCAGACUAUGCAGAUCUGUGGCUACUGAAUGAUUUAAAAUCCAGCGAUCCAUACCGAUCUUUGUCCAACUCCAGCACAGCGACAGGUACGACGGUCAUUGAAUGCAUCAAGUCACAGGAAAGCUCCGAGUCUCAGACGUCCCAGUCUGGCUCCAGAGCCACCACCCCGUCACUUCCAUCAGUGGAGGGAGACUUCAAGCUAACCUCUCCAGAGAAGCUAGCAGGCCUGGCCAGCCCAUCCAGCGGCUACUCCAGUCAGUCAGAAACCCCCACCUCCUCAUUCCCCUCCGCCUUCUUUCCUGGACCGCUGUCACCGUCCAGCGGCAAGAGGAAGCCCAAAGUCCCGGAGAGGAAGUCGUCUCUGUCCUCGCUGUCGCUGCAGUCGCUCUCCUGCAGGGAAGGAGCCACCUCGAAGAGAGACCUGGAGCUGCCAAUCAUCCCUCCCUCCCACCUCGAUUUAAGUGCCCUUCACAGUGUCAGCAACAAGGCUUCAGCUUACAGGACCCAGAUUCAGGUCCUGCAUCAAAACAAGCAAAAAGCUGCAGUGUCUGCCAAACUGACAGCACCACCUAACUCAGAGUUGUUUAACGCCCACGCCAUGUCCAUCACACCCACAGCGCUGCACUCGGUACAGCUGCGAUCCAUCAGAAAGGAUCAUGAGGGAAGUCAUGAGGACAAAACUUCCACACUCAAAUGUCCCACUGUGAACUUAACUAGCACACUUUCCAGUAGUAAGUCCUUAGAGCUGAAGAGUCCCCCGUUAUACAACUCACAUCAACAUCACAUGUCCCCGCAGGGGCCCUGUGAAUCAAUGUUUACCUCAAACGAAGAGCUUGCAGAUGGAGAAGCAGGAUGUCAAAGUGAGACGAGGACCAAGUCGGACAGAGAGGCUCCUUCAGAGAGCAUGACAGCAUUCAGUCUGCAGGCGGAGGCGUCGUCAGACAUCCCCGAGAGGGCCGCUGGUCACGAAGGAGAAGCGUGCGGAGAGACGGCGGAAAUAUCCGUCUGCAGCUCGCAGUCGCGGCCUUUACAACAGCAAAGAGCUGAGCCGUCUGAAGAAGAAGAAGAACUGUGUCCUCCUCCCUCUGCUCUGCACGGUUCACCCAAGAGAUGCAGCAGUCUCGAUAAAGUGCCUGCUACCGGCGGCCAAUCAGAAGCGUUGCGAGAGAGUCCAGUCGGAAAUGAAGGCAGCACAGAUGUGGAACAUGAGUCAUCAGGUGUUUCAGCCCAAAGUGCCUCUCAGGAUGUCAAAGAGGAGUCCACAGCAGAGACGGACGACUACUUCAGUAAAGACUCCACAGCCUGUGAUAGUGCAGCGUCCCCUCUGAGCGAUGAGUCCAGGCUGGAGGACGACAGCGUGUUCCUGUCGCCCACUAAAGCUCGGACCACCGAGGACCUGUUUGCUAUGAUCCACAGGUCCAAACGGAAAGUGUUGGGCAGGAAGGAUUCCACUGAGCUGGGUGUGAGGAACCGCCUCACCGCUGCGUCGGGGAACACUCCACCCAGCAGCGCCGUCAGCUCCCCGGUGUCGCUGGUGUCCCCCUCCUCCGUUGUGACCCCACCGGGCUCGCAGAGAGCCACCGGACCCAUCUACAGGAACGUGAAGAAGUCCAGCACCUCCAACGAGGAGUUCAAACUGCUGCUGCUCAAAAAGGGCAGCCGCUCGGACUCGAGUUACCGCAUGUCGGCUACGGAGAUCCUCAAGAGCCCCGUCGUUCCUAAAUCUCCCGGAGAGACCCUGAUGGAGUCCCCCAGGCAGCCCGAAGAGCCCGCCUCCCCCCUGCAGCAACAGCAGCAGCAUCCAUCAGGACCAGAUCAGCUCUCCAGCCCCUACCCCAAAGCCAACGCCGAGGGCUUCUCCCCGAAAUCCUUCCCCACAUGUGCUGCUUCCAGGCAGGGCCGCUCCAGAAUCCCGCCGCCCGCCAACAGCAGCCGCUACGGCAUGCGCUGCAGACUGUACUCGGCGCCCAUGCAGGCGAUCUCUGAGGGCGAGACCGAGAACUCGGACGGAAGUCCUCACGACGACCGCUCGUCACAGGGCUCCACGUAGAGAGCAGAGUGUCAGAAGGUAUGAAAUUAUUGUUAGUUUACAGUGAAAACACAUGGACCAGAAUGAGUCAUAAUAUAUAUAUAUAUAUGAGAUGUGGUGAGGGCAGGAGUGUCGGUAUGUAGAACAUUAGGGAGAAACCGUGUUGUUAAUAAUCAUACAUUUACUAAUUGUGGCUGAGUUUCAUAGCUGUUUCCUUUUGGUUAAUCUGUGGAUACUUUCAACAGUUUUAUCUGUGUUUAGAAAUGUUUUAUACAUACAGUACGUCUAAAAAAUCUCCUCUCCAUACGAACACGCAGCAUCAGAAACAGUGAGCCAGAGUAUUUACAUCUGCAUUCUGUAGAAGAAUAUGUGACAAAUAGAAAUGAUGAGAAAGACUUGAUUCCAGAUCAGUCCUACAGGAUAAAAACAGGCUUUUAAAAGACAUGAUUUGGUCAGUUUAUGUUGCACAGAGUCAUGUACGACGCCCAACUGGUUGCCUUCCUUCAGCCCUGCUACAGUAUAUCAGCGUUAAAUCUGAACUGUGGUCAGAUUUAUCCUCAGAAUUUAAAAAAAAACUCUCACAUUUAUCAGCAUCUUGUACAAACAGAGAAAUAUAUCGGAUUAACUGUAUUGUAUUCUGUGAAUACCUAUGCAAUGAGUUUUUAAAUGUCUUCACGCCAGUUACACAGAUUAUUUUGACCCCCCCUCGACUGAAGAUCAGGACUAACACUGUGUGAGAGCCAGCAGUGGACAAAUGUGAAGCCUCAGUGCAUCAAGUCGAUUGAUGCAUUUGCACAUUUUACUCAGUCCUUUUAAAAGCAUACUGUCAAUUAUGAGAUAGCUUCGUACGGCAGCAUUUUAAAAUUCUCACGCAAUAAGACGAGAGACUGGAGGCGAGACAGGAAACGUCGAAGCCGAGCACUAACUCGACAAUCUUAGGGGACGAGAGGGGAGCAGGUGUUAACGUGGGAGAUGAAGAAGUGAUCAAAACGUUGGAGGUCGUGAAAUAGGAGAGCUGUAAAAGAAUAAGGAGGUCAUGUGUUUUUUUAAAAAGAAGCGUCAUUUUCUGGUGUGCCGACUUGGUGUGUUUACGAAUCGUUGAAAGAGGCAAGUGGAAAGUGUUCAGGAGGAUUUAUUACGCCUUAUUUUACUCAACAAGAGACAGUACGUGACAAAGCAGCUCGGGCCUCCGCAGGUGGAGUGAUUUUGUGAGAUUUUGGGGUUUUGAUGGAGGACGUGGGGUUAAAUUUGGAGCCAGGUGAUCAUCCGUGAUGAAAAGAACAAGUUCUGGAUUAAGGGAUGUGGCAUUUGCUGCUAUUUUGUACCAAACUCGUCUAUUUUAUUCUCCAUCAAACGCCAACCCGCCACGGUUUCAUGUUUUCUGUGUCGCAGCAAAUGAAAUCUAUUUAUUUUUAUAACUGACACAGAAAACCUCUGCGCGCUCCCUGAUUACACCUUUAAUUGGACGGAAGUAUGCAAUGAAUUGCUGGUGUUACUGACGGCAUAUUUUAUUCAGAUACUUAUUUUGUGUAUUAGAGGCAAAUUUUAAAUCAGACACUGGUCGCAGAGACAAAGCAGCUCAUUAAUGUCCUGAAAAGAUGGCAGGAACAGCCAUAAGCUACAGGUGAGGUUUGAGGAGUGACCCUGAGUCCCACAUAGUCACAGUAAUGUUAGAAGUACAUGGUGUUUAAUGCAGUGAUGGUACUCAACCAUUAUGCAAAGAUGACAGAGUCUAUGUAGCCAUAUUCCCUAUGGAAGACUGUUCUUCCCUAUAGGUACACUGUAAAUAUCAACUUCAUUUUGGCCUUAAUGAUGCUCCGUACUAAUGCAAUGACAUAUAACAGGGUAGACGAUGGGUUAUGUCUGUGAGCCGUCAUUCCAACCAUUUCAUUUUUAUUCUUUUUGUUUUUUUGCACUGAUAAAGUGACGUUUGUGAAGUUCCAGCUGUCUCUUGCUGUACCUGGAGAUAUUUAUAGACUUUUCCAUGCAGCUGUUUGAAUCAUUCUCACUCUUGGAGUGGUGGAGUAGACGCUUUCUGCCAAAGGCUCGAACGUGCACACGGCAUCAAACUGUUUUUCUCCUCUCGUUUACUUGACCGAGACGUUCUUGACAACAUAAAACCGAUACUAAAGAUGAGUCGCAGCGUAACUUAUGGUACUAGAAGCAUUUCACUCCGGAUCAGCCUCGACAUACUGUAGGUGUCAGCUUUGUAUUUUUUGUACAAACGUGUAAAUACGAUAACUUUUGGAAUUGUCACAAAGGUUGUUGAAUUGUUUCUUAUGUAAAAAUAAAAAAUGUUUUCAAAGUUUACAUUAAUUUCAAACCUUUGUAUAUUUUUGAGCUGUGGAACACUUUGUCUUGUAUUUAUUUUUUAGUAAGCAUUGUGGAGAUCCCAUAGUAAAUCCUAUCAGUGCGAGCACAACAGGCUGCUUAGCGAAUGUGUAUGAAAAGACAAAUAAAUGUGACUGCUUUGAAAAUGG